UGAGCAACGGAUGAAAUGUACUUGUUUGGAAAACAAAUCAGUUACUACCCAAAUGACAGUGCAGCCUUCACUCUCUGCUGAAGCAGGCAAAACUGAGGCUGACAGGCAGUGGAUCCUGGGCGACGUUGGAGGACCUCCGGAUGGGCCAGGAAGCCUGGUGGAGGCCGCGUGGUUGGUAUUUAGCUGGAAAUGGCCCCUGGACGCCUGGACCAUGUCUUAAGUACCUGGGAGGCGGAGCUAAGGAUCUCCAUCCAGUUCAAGAACUCCCUCUUCACGAGAGGAUGGACCACAUGCUAAAAAAGUUGCCCUUCUUGAAGAAGGAGGACAGCAAGGAGUCCCAUCCCCAAAUUACGAAUAAUGACCCAUGGCAGUGGAACAGUCACUUCUCUGGCUCCCACCCGUCCACUUCUUCGGCCACUCAAAGAACCACGCAGGUCUUGCCCCUUCUUGUAAAGGGUUCCCCAGCUCCAGUGGACAUGAGCAAGAAGGUGCAGCCUCCAGCACUGGUGCUGCCAGAAUUGGUGCGCAGGACCCCUCUGAGGGCUUCUCAGGGGGAAAUGAAGCCUGGCCUCAAAGAGCCCCCUUCCUUGCCAAGGAGGCCCGAGAGGGAAAGGGCUCCGGGGAGAAAAAGCUCUCAAGACACCAUCCUUCCCUCAUAUCCAGAACUCUCUGACGAGUCUUUCAAAAAUUUAUGGGAGAGCAGGAAGCCAUUAAAAGGCAGACCCGUCAAAGAAAUCUUGGAUCUCAUGGACGAGAGAGAAAUAUUAGAGACCAUCUUGGACCAUCUUCGUCCUUUCCAGAUUCCUUCAGACCACAAACUGCCCAGGAGGAAAACAAGCGCAUUGCCGCCCAUCGACCAGAAGCAAAGCACGUCCCAGGUCUUGUCUAAAGACAAGAUUAGCCUCUACAAAUAUUAUGGCGUUAAACUGCGAAACUCAACACAGAAGGACCUGGUGACGGAACAGCUCCAAAGCCUUCUAAGUUUUUCACUCCAGGAAGAAACAGACCGAGAGGACUCACAGACUCUCUCCGAGAGAUGGAUUCGGACCACAUUAAUACUCUGCUAUGGCCAGGCAGUCCUGGGAGCGCAAGUAGAGGACAUGAUGCCUUUCCUGGACAACAUUGUCUCAGAAAUACUCUAUCAGUAUUCCAGCAUGAAAAAGGACGAAGGGCUGAAGAAAGCCUUCAUGAGGUCCAUCAUCAUGAUCACCAAAGCUGUUGCCAACAGCAGGAGGCAAGACCUCGAUUUGCCCCAGAAACAGGAACUGGUCACAAACAUCGUUGAAGUCAUUGAAGAUGAGCCCGCGAGACCCUUGUCCAUCGAAAAUCUCCAUCAAGCGAUCAUCACCAUCACCUGCAUGAGCCGUAUGAAGCCCCCCUUGAACUCCGAGAUGAGGUCUAAAGUGGUGAGAAAAAGCAUCCAGAAGGUGUUUUCCUUGCCGGCUUACCUGGUGACAAAACUGAACGUGAACGGCCCAGGACAACCAGCUCAAACUCAGGAUUUUUAUGACCAGAUGGUGACCACCUGCAACACCAUGCUCACCGCCUUGCUGUCCGAGGCUCCCAAUUUGGAUUCCCUGCAGGAUGUCUUGACGCACAUUAAUCCCUGGAUUGAAUCUCCCAAGAGACACGAGAGAGAGAGGGCCAUCAAGAGCAUCAGACACCUCCUGAAGUUCGUUUCUGAAAACGUCAAUUUCGACCCCACAGGUGACUUUUCUUUGCUGGGACAGCUGGUGGCUUUGCUGGGCCUGCACGUUGGCGACACCAGCAAAGAAGUUGGCCAGACGUCCGCAGAGGCCGCCUACCACCUCCACCACCUCAUCAUGAGCAAAAUGGCCAAAGAAAUGGAUGAGAAACCUAGAAACAAGAAGGGGAAGGUCGUCACUUGGCUGAGGGAAGACUUCUCCUUUUCGGGCCCAACAAUAUUUUAUAAUAACGUCUCCAAAAUGGCUACGGCCUUUGGCGAGCAUCUGAGCCCGUCUCAAAUAAACGACCUGAUCUUAAAAGCCCUGGCAGCUCUGACACACCUGGACAAAAACAUUUCACACACUGCGGGACUCCUGCUCAAUUCGUUCUUGGAAGAAUGUGGGAUGGACAUGGAGGAGCUGCCCAUGAUCCUCAAGGAGAUCUACCGACGUCUCCCGAAGAUCUUGGACCCUGCCACCAAACAACAAACGCUAAAGGCAGUGUGUCACCUGGCGUCCAAACGGGUGAACAAAGUCGUGGAUAUUCUCCUCGAGUGCUCGGUGGCGUGCGAUGGAAGUGCCAGGGAACUGUGGAGGGCGCUGGCUGCAGACCCCUAUGCUAACCUGAAGAUCAUGAAGCCCCUCCUCAAAAGGCUUGAUGACCACGAUCCCAGCACCGAAGCUAUUGGGAGGGGAACAAGCAAAUCCAUCAUGCCCAUUGCGGCCACCAAUGCGCUCUCCUUCCUCCUCUCGCUUCCUGAGGCAGCAACCAUUGUCCAGCAUAAGUUCUCCAGCCUGCUCCUGGCGCUCGUGACGCACAUCUAUUUUCUGCUGGGAGCAGGCAAGAGCGGGUCAGAACAGACCUACCAUCUGGGCAACGCAGUCAAAGCCGUCAAACACCUCAUCUUGCGCACCGGCUAUCAGGAGGAGUUCAAGGACUUAGAUAUGGUUCAAUGUUGGGCGAUGCUGAUGAGUCCUGAAAGUGUGUUUGAAGGCAUUUUCCACCUGGUCCGGAUCUUGUUCAACUAUUCGAAACAUGAGCUGAAGGUCAUGCUCCGACAGGCUGAGACCUACGUGCGCCACCCCGAUUUAAGACACAAAACCAUUGGGAUGGUUUUCUUUUCGGAGCUGCUGUUUCACCCGGAAAUUUGCCAAUUCUUUGUCAUCCAAGACAUCCUCCAGGUGCUGAAGGAAUGGAUGACCCAGCCAUAUCCGCUGAUACAGACUUUCAGCGUUAGAGGACUGGGGAACCUCAUCCAACACCCGUUUGAGAAGAACAUCUUGGAACCCCUCUUGAUGCCAGUGCUAAACUGCGCUUGUCACGAAGAGAAGACCGUGGCAAAAGAAGCUAUAAGGACCCUGCAUUUCCUCCUCAGGAACCUCGAUAUCAAAACCCAUGCGGUGAAGGCAGUCAACCUCAUUCCGCUCCUUCUGAAACAUUUUCAUGAUGACGACAUCGAACUGAGGAAUACCUCCAUCACCAUUUUUGGCAUGCUCCUGAAAGGACUGAAGGAGUUACGGAACAGUAAUAUGGCCGAAAACAUCCUGAACAGCCUUAUUCCCCUCCUCAUACAACUGUCAAAUGAUCGGACAAAAGAGGUCUCCAGGAAGACCCUCGACUCCUGCGUGUCCUUUAUGAACUGGGGGGGCUUUCCCAGCAACUUGUUUGACUAUGAAAUGUACACCAGUCUUCAUAGCAUGUACUCCAACAUCUGCUACGUGGUUGUAAGUAGGAGCCAAGCUGGCCUGUUUUCUUCCAGAUUAGAGUAAACUAACCGUUUAUUUCUUUAUUUUGCCCUGCCUUUCUUAUUUUGAUAAAUAGUUCAAGACGGUGGGCAUCCCUAAUACUUCUUCUUUUCUUCACAACAACCCUGUGAGGUGGGUUGCCCUGAGAGAGAGGGACUGCACCAAAGUCACCCAGCUGGCCAUCGUGACUAAGGAGGGACUAGAACUCCCAAAGUCACCCAGCUGGCUUUCAUGCCUAAGGCAGGACCAAAA